AUGUCGACAGAGCUUCUUUGGUAUGGCGCCAAGCUGACCUCGACUGGAGAGCAGAAACAGUCAGAGCAGAUCAUCCAAAGCCGACUACACCAACGACAUCCAACAAACUCAACCACAGUAAACAACAGGAAGACUGUCACCGCAGCAUCCGCAGCACUGCUGUCCUUGGCCUCCGCUGUGAGCGCCCAGCAGCAGGUGCAGUCCAAACCAUUCUACCUGGUCCUCGACUACGCCGGCAAGUACAACGGCUCAGCUCUGGUCGCCUGCCACGAAGGCGCCGCCAUCGAAGGUCUCUGUGUCGGAGGAAAGCCAGGCGCCGACGCGUCGGCCGCGAGCACGUACCAAUUCAAUACCACUUUAGGCCAAGUCGGUGCCGACCCUAAUGCUGGCGAGACCGGGACCUUGACCUACGCACUUCCAGUCAAUGGCGGCGAUGAGACUUCGUCCGAGGGAAUGCAGCUGCUCUACAACCCAUCCUCCAACGUUGCUCUUCCGUUGUUUGAGCCCACCAACACCCCGACCCAGGUUGCUUUCGACAAGGAUAACCACAUGAACAUCCAGAGCUACAUCGACGAUACCGUUGUGCCAGCAAAGACCGGCACAGUGGCAUACUAUCGCUGGUACGUCUGCCGGACCUACUACGCCGCUUACCAGUACGAUGCACUGAGCUGGGUGGCCGGCAAGGACGCGCCGCAGAACCCAAGCUGCGAGAAGGUCGAGGUUGUGAGGCAGUUUGUCUGA